AUAUCCGAAGUGCGCGCUGCAGUCUCGUUUCAAACGUGGAGCUAGACAGCGGCACGACCCGACUGCCGGCUGUCAUUGCCCCAUCGGAACAGACAGCCGCCAUCGUCUUUGUUUCGACUUCCGUCUGUCGCGCCAUUGACGCGUCAUCCCCUAUCUUCCAGACCCGUCUUCUGGAUAUCCAUAAUUUACAUGUGCUAUAUGUGAAUAUUCCCUACCUAUAGCCAUCCCCCACCGAAGCGCCCUCCAUGUCGCACUCGUCCUCGCAAUCAACCAACAAGAUGCUCAACACACUCCCCAAACCAACACGCGACCUGACCGAACUGGCAAAAGAGGAAAGGAGUUUCACCUUCAAUCACUUUACAUGCGAGCAUGCCUGGGUCAUUGGAAAUAUCCUCCGAAAUGCGUUAAGAACCGCCGAAUGCCCCGCGCUUAUCCAGAUCUCGUCUGCGAAUCAGACGCUGUUCCACUCGCCGAGUUUGCCUGGCAUAAUGCCCGAUCACGAAAAGUGGUCGGAGAGGAAGCGCAACACUGUGCUGAGAUGGGGACAUUCUACCUGGUUCAUGAGUUGUCAAUUUGAAGGAGACUACAAAAGGUUCGCCGAGCACAAUGCCAUGAGCGGCGACGAGUGGUCAAGAUACACCAUUGAAGGUGGCGGAUACCCUGUCUUUGUCAAGGGCGUGGAAGGUGUUGUUGGUGCAAUUGUUGUGGUCGGUCUCGGCGUAGACAGUGAGCAGGCGCAUGGCGUCGUAGUCAAAGCAGUUGAGGAAUACAAGGACCUCCGGGAAGGCUUCCGGAGUCCAAUGAGGAGCAUGACGGUGAAAUGACUAGAUGGUCUGGGCAAAGGAGACGGACUUGGUAUAACACUUGGUAUCGACCAAAGGGCGGGA